ACGUGCACGCUUGUGUGCACUAGGGGCCACAGCUUCAGCUUUGUGCUCAAUCCGUGGCCUAGAUGCCGAGCUGGAUCCUCGGUGUGACGAGCUGCGUGAUUGAGGUGCUGGAAGUGGUCGCUCGUCAAAUCGCGUCUGUCUUUGCGAGGUGCUGCCUGCUCCGCGACCUCGUGAGCCCUAGGCUCGCUGACACUAGCGUUCGACUGGCUCUUCUCUCUUCAGGAGAGGUAAUACCACUUCGUGCCUCUAGAGUUGGGACACAGUCAGCAUUGAAACAACGACCUAAACACUAUCGCCUUAGCCGGUAUCUCCAACCGCGCACACAACAGCAUAAAGCCUAUGAUGAACCUUAUGCUGUUAGGCGUCAAUUGCGUCAGGGCCAGCUCGUAAUCUGCCAGCAGAUCAAAUAUCAGUUCGGGCAAAGGAAAUCGCAGGCCGACGUCAAAGUGGUCCACGUACAUUGGUCCUUGGGCGCCUUUCGUAGAUUGCUCAACCUGCCCGUGAUCGUCCUGCUUUCUCAUUCUCCAAUCACAGGCAGAUAUGAGACAUUGCUAACCACAUUCCCCGUCCAUUCCUCGCAGCUAGGUGUCUCCUUAGAGGACGAGCUGCUAGACGAUGAAGUAUGGUGGUCGCCACCGUUGUCCCUAGCGCUCGAACUGGCACUGCUCUCAAGCAUCCUCGUUUCUGGCAAGUCUUGCAACGCCGGCGGCAUUAUCAUUGUCAUAGGCUCUACAGAUAUAACCCCUUCCUCUUCUUCCUCUCUGCCCUGGUUACCUCGUGGCUCUCUAAGUUCUCUAAACGAAUCCAUUUUACCUGAAAUUGAUGUGUAACUGUACUCUAUGUGGUCUGGUGCUCUGUUCUUCAAGCCGGAAGUGCUUCGUUACAGAGAAUAUCAAUAAGUUUCAAGCAAAUAGUGAAAUGAAAAUGGAAAGGGGAA